AUGUUGCAGUGUAUAUUUCUACUCUCAGAUUCUGGGGAGGUAAUGCUAGAGAAACAGCUCACAGGACACCGGGUUGACCGGUCCAUAUGUGCUUGGUUUUGGGAACAAUCUAUCUCUCAAGGUGAUUCCUUCAAGCUUGUACCAGUAAUUGCUUCACCAACUCAUUACCUUUUCCAAAUUGUUCGUGAGGGUAUCACUUUCUUAGCGUGUACCCAAGUUGAAAUGCCACCUUUGAUGGGAAUUGAGUUUGUCAAUGUCACUAAUGACUGGAACUUUUAG